AUGCCGCCUCCCAGAUUUGCACAUCCGACGCCUGUUACCACCCACCCGCCACCUAUUUCGACCGUCCAUGAACAACUAAAGAUAGGGGAGGCUUUAAUCGGGGAUGAGAGGGCUUCUGGAUCGAAAUCUGGUUCUAGGUCGAUCAAAUUUAGGGUUCUUAAUAACAAAACCAUAAUUGAAAACCCCAAUUUUGAAGAUGUCGCCGCUGCUGAGCAAUCACCACCAUUUUUGGCCGCCUCUGGGACAAAUUCCGAUCAGAAUAAGGAUGAGGAGGGGGCGAUUAAGGGUGGGGAUGAUUCAAUAUCAGAAACAAAUGCUCAAUCGAUCGAUCUGGGGGUUGUACAAACCGAAACCCUAAAUAAAAACCCUAAUUUGUUGCAUGCCGCCAUCCAGCCACCUGCUACCACCUCUGAACCACCACCUGGAAAAUUAAUUGAUGGGAAGGGGGCUAUUUCGAACCUGGAUGGUGGGCAAAUAGAGCAAUGUAAUUCUCCAUUUGUGAAACAUUAUGCCAUUGCAGAAGAUGACUCAAACAGAAGUCAUGUUACUAAUUCUAUCAUCUGUUCAGAGACCAAAGAUAUCCAAGAAUAUGUGGAAGAAAUUAAGUCAAUAUUUGGAUCAAUGGGAGAUGGAGAGAUUAGUUCCUCAGCUUAUGACACAGCUUGGGUUGCACUAAUUGAAAAUAUCAACGCUAGUCCUCAAUUCCCGUCAAGUCUAGAAUGGAUCGUGAACAAUCAGCUUCCAGAUGGCUCGUGGGGUGAAACUUUGUUGUUUUCGGCCUUUGAUAGGCUCCUCAACACAUUGGCUUGUGUGAUCGCAUUGACGCAUUGGAAGGUUCAUCCUAAUAAGCGUGAUAAAGGAAUGAAAUUUGUGAAUGCAAACAUGAACAAGCUUGUAGAAGAGGAUGCUGACCACAUGACAUGUGGUUUUGAGAUAGUGUUCCCUAAGCUACUUGAACUAGCAGAAAAACUAGAAAUUAAAGUAGAAGUGGAUACCGAGGUUAUGAAAGAGAUCUAUGCAAGACGAGACCUCAAGCUCGCAAAGAUACCGAUAGAUGUGGUUCAUAAAAGCCCGACAAUUCUCCAUCAUAGCUUGGAAGGAAUGAAUAAAGAUAAACUGGAAUGGGAAAAGAUUCUAAAAUUUCAACGCUAUAAUGGAUCCAUUUCCUUCACUCCUGCAGCAACAGCUUUUGCAUUCAUGCAAACUAAAGAUCAAAAGUGUCUUACAUAUUUGACUAAUCUUGUUUCCAAAUUCAAUGGUGGAGUGCCAAUAUUGUACCCCGUAGACAACUAUGAACAUAUUUGGACUGUAGAUCGCUUGCAACAUCUUGGAAUCGCACGUUAUUUUCGUUCUGAGAUCAAGGAUUGUGUUGCUUAUAUCUACAGGAAUUGGAAUGAUCAAGGAAUCGGAUACUCUAGAGGCAUUGAUGUACCAGACCUUGACGAUACAGCUAUGGGUUUUCGACUUCUUAGAUUACAUGGUUAUGCAGUCUCUCCGGAUGUGCUUCAACGCUUCAAUGUAGAUGGAAAAUUUAUGUGUUUUCCUGAGUCAACAGCAGACUCUGUAUCAGUCACGUUUAAUCUCUUUCGAGCAUCUCAAGUUUUGUUUCCAGGAGAAAAAAUCCUUAAUGAUGCCAAAAUCUUUUGCCAAAAUCUUUUGACCCGAAAACAAUCAACUAACGAGCUUCUAGACAAAUGGCUUUUAGCUAAGGACUUACCAGGAGAGAUAGGUUAUGCACUCGAUGUGCCAUGGUAUGCUAGCUUACCUCGACUAGAGGCAAGAUAUUACUUGGAACAAUAUGGAGGUGAGAAAGAACUCUGGAUAGGGAAGACCAUCUAUAGGAUGGGAAAUGUUAGCAAUGACACAUAUCUUGAGAUGGCCAAAAUGGACUAUAGUCACUGCCAAGCAAUUCAUCAAUCAGAAUGGAGCCAUAUUCAAAAAUGGUAUGCAGGUCUUAAAAUUGAGGACAACUUAAGCACAAGUCUUUUAUGGUCAUACUAUGAGGCAGCGGCGAGCAUAUUUGAACCAGAAAGAUGCAUUGAGCGACUAGCUUGGGCCAAAACCACCAUCCUACUCAAAGCCAUUACCUCAUUUUUAGCCAGACCCCAAGUGUCGGAUGAUGACAUACAAGCAUUUGUAGAUGCAUUCACAAAUUCCCAAUUCCAUCAUGAAGGCGACAAACAAUGGCAGGUGUUGGGGAAUGCACUUCAUGAAACUCUCAACCAGAUCUCCUCGGAAACAAUGGCGGCUCAUGGCAUAGAUAUCCGCCCACACCUCCAUGGUGGUUGGACAACAUGGCUUUUGGGCUGGCGAAAAGGAGUAGAUGAAGUACAAGGAAAAGCAGAACUUAUAAUUAGUACGAUAAUUAUGAGCAGUGGCCGAGGGUUACCAAAGGAACUAUUAUCUCAUCCUCAAUACAAGCGACUCUCUUCCAUCACAGAUGACCUCUGUCACCAAAUCUCUCGUGAGGGGAAACAUACCAUGGGCUCUGGAAUUGAAUCCAAAAUGCAAGAACUUGUGCAACUCGUACUAUGCCACCCCCAUGGGGAUCUUGAUCCUGAUUUGAAGCAGACGUUCCUAUUAGUAGCCAAAACGUUCUACUACAACGCCUACUUUGAUCCUGAAACUAAAAACCGCCACAUUAGCAAAGUAUUGUUUGAAGAUGUAAUUUGA